CCUAAAGAAAGGGGAGGAGAGACGGAGGAAAAAGGACGCGUUCAAGUCAAAUGUUUCUCAGCAAUUCGCCCAUCAGCGGGCAAAUCCGCGGCAUCUUCAUCAUGACCGUGACUGAUUUCACUCUCAAUCUGCAUUCGUGGAAAUGAUAAAUGCGAACGGCGAAGGAAAAUGAGAAAGACUGGUUUUUUUUUGGAGGUGGUAGGAUUAUAACCCCGUAGACCCCCCUCUUUUUUCAUCCAGCUUUCUCCUCCUCCCCUCCAUUUCUCUUUCAAUAUGCUGUUUUCCACUCCUGAGGACUUGCUUAUGAAACCGGGGAAAAUAGCCUGAAAGACUGGAUUUUGUUCCCGUAAUCUGCCCCUGCGACGUUCUCGUUGCUUUCAUCCUCAUCGCACACGCUGUACCGGACAUAAAUGGAUAGAAAUUACCCGGGAACAGGGUUUGGAGAUUUGGGCGCAGGAGCAGGAUGGAGUUACGAGAGAUCGGCAAAAGCAAGUCUUGUAUAUGGGAGUUCCAGAUCAUCCCACCCUGAGUCUGAGCUCCUCCACAGACAAGCCUACGCCACCCCACACCCUCUGCAGGGCUAUGCCACCAAUCACCACCCAGGGAGCUCUGGCCAAGGCGGGGCUUGGGGAGCAGCUGGACGGAGUUUGGGUCUGUCGGGGCUGUUUGACACUGGCCUCCACCAUGCCAGCCCCUCCGCCCCUGAUGCCUCUGUCAUGAAUCUGAUCUCAGCCCUGGAGUCCCGGGGUCCCCAGCCUCCACCCUCUGCUUCCUCUCUUCUCUCCCAGUUCCGCACGCCGUCCUGGCAGACAGCGAUGCACACGCCUGCUCCUCCUGAACUAUUCAUCUCCGGAGCUCUUCCCGGCUCUGGCUCCUUCCCCUCCUCCUCCGCUCUGUCAGCCUAUCAACACCCAGCAUCCUUCUCCAGGAGCUCUUUUCCUGCUGCCUCCCUUUCACUCCAGGACACACCCACAUUUAGCCCCACAUCCAAUGGCUUGCUCUCCCCACAUGACCCUCUAAUACACAUCAAAGCCCCCUCCCAGUCAAGUCUGGGUUUUGACAGACUCCUGUCCUCACAGGGUGCUGCGGCGGCUGCCUAUAGGGGCAGUCAGGAUCCCACAGGCGCCUCGUCAGCUCAGGCAUCCUCUGCCAGACACCUGCAGUCUCACCAGUUCAACCUGCUGUCAUCGCAGCUUCAGGAUCAGUCCUCCCAGCUGUAUAACCCGUCAGUGUUCUCCUCCGCCCAGCCCCAGCCCCAGUCCCAGUCCCAGUCCAACUCGGCUCAGGAGAGAGCCGUGCCGAGACAGGAUAGUGUUAUUAAGCACUACCAGCGGCCCACGCCGGCGCAGUCGCAGCUCUCGUCCUCUGCUGCCCACUCCCUUCAGCACUACCUCAGCUGUGGAGGGGCGGGAUACCAGCAGAUUGCCACCCAUCACAGACAUGCUGGUCUUUCUUGCAGUCCACUGGGUGACCAGAGCCCCUCAUCUGACCACAAGCCCACCUCUCGCACUGAGCAGUAUCGACCAAUUAUUCAGCCUCCGUAUUCCUCCUCCUCCUCCUCCUCGUCUUCUUCCUCUGCUGGCAAAGGUACCAAAAGCAGCUCCAGCAGCGGCUACUCUUCUGGCAGUUCGGCGUCGUCUUCACGAACUCCUCACACACCCCCUUCGGCCUCCUCUACCUCCUCAUCCUCCUCCUCUUCGUCUGCCACCUCUGGGGCUCAUCCUUCCAACUCAAUUCCCACUUCAAGUUCAAGUGCAGCCCCUUCCAGGCAGCAGCCCCCCCCUCAGCCAGCGCCGCCUCCUCCAGCGCCCCAGCAGCAGCCACCUGCCACCUCUUCCUCAGCUCCUCAGUCUCUCCCUAAAUCCUGCCUCUCAGGCUAUGGUUCUCCCGUGCCCCCGGUGAAGACCCCCACCUCUGCUCUCACUGGACAGACCCCACCCCAGCAACAGACACAGUCAUAUUCCCCUAAUCAGCCUCCGACAUCCCACCUGGCUCAGUCCUACGGAGGCUUCAAUUCGCCACAAGCUCAAGAUCUGAGCUCGGGUGGAGGCGGCAAAGGCUACGGGAGUUUAGGAGGGCGAAGCCAGUCUUACUCAACUGACAUAUAUGGAGCCGAUUCUGCUUAUGGAUCACUUCCAUCCUCUCUCGGUGGCGCUGGAAGCCCAUCACUUGGCUAUGGAGCCCCAGGUCACUCGCCUGCUCUUUUACGAUCGAGUGGUUCAUCAGGUAGUGGAGCAUCCGGGGGAGGGAGCAGCAGCGGUGCCGGGAGCGGGAACUCUGGGUCAGGGGGAGGAGCUGGAAACAGUAUGAGCAGCGAGAGAGGUGGAGGAGGUAGCGGUGGAGGCUCCUAUCAUAUUCCAGACUCCAGCCCUUCUCCAUCAGGCAACUCAGGCAUCAUCCGACCAGGGUUGCACUCCCCGGUGCCCACCUGCCCCACACAGUCCCCAGGAGGCGCCGGCUCAAACAAGUAUAUUUCCUCAGUUCUAUCUCCCACUUUUCUAUCUUCCCCACAAGGAUUCCCCGACACCAGAGGCCCCAGCUCCCAACCUCAGUCUUAUCAUUCCACCUCCUCCAAAACAAAGGCGGACACCUCCAUGCUCGGAGUAGGCUCUCAGAGAUCCCAAGAGGAGGUAGAUGAUGACGAUGAGUUUCUGAUCCAGCACCUGCUACAAGCGCAAGCGAGUCCGGCCCCGCAGGCUUCUCAUCACCAUCCGCAGCAACAACCCCAACAGACCUCGCAGCAGACGCAGCCUCAGCCCCAGUCAGUGCCGCCAACCACUGACUCGGGGAAAGGGAUGAGCUACGACAUGAGCAAGACCUCGGAGGAGAGGUACCACCCCCAGAGCGUCAUACGUACCCACAGUGCCACAGCCGCAGCUGGAGUAGGGAACGCGGGAUCAGGAGGGUCUAUCUCAGGGCUGGACAACCAGCUGGAGAUGUCGCUAAAGAAACAGCAACAGCAGCACCAACAACACCAUCAUCAGCAGCAGCAACAGCAGCAGAGAAACGAGAGGUCUGUUGGAAGCAGCAGGAGCAGCAGUGGGAGGGGCAGCACCGACCAAGUACACUCCCACCUCCAUCAUCAUGACAGCUUGGGCUCAGUCGUCCACUACGGCCGAGGUGACCCAUAUACUCAGCACUCCCUCGCUCCCCAGCACUCCUCACACAGUCAGCACGUGUCGUCGCAUUCUCAAAUCCCGCCUCACACCCAAAUGGAGCUCCAGAAGAAGUCCCAGGAGCGCACGGAAAUCCCCUACCCUCGGAAAACACCGGAGGUUCAGCAGCAGCACUCCCAGUCUCAGGCUGCUGCGUCCCUCAUGGACUCUCCCACCGACCAGUCCCGGCAGCCGCCCCACCUGCUCCAGUCCGUGCUGUCCCACACCACCCGCAACAAGCUUGAGCCCCACCAACAGCACCAUAAGAUGGACUCCCACCAACAACACCCGCAGCAGCACCACAAAAUGGACUCUCAUCGGCAGCACCAACAGCAUCACAAAAUGGACUCCCACCAACCGCAUCAGCAGCACCCGAAAAUGGACUCCCACCCUCAGCAUCAACAGCACCAGAAGAUGGACUCCCAUCAGCAUCAGCAACACCACAAAAUAGACUCCCAUUCACAGCAUCAACAGCACCAUAAAAUGGACUCUCACCCCCAGCAGCAGCACUCCAUCAGCCAACAACAAGCCGUGAUGGAGAGCGCCGGCGGCCGACUUGGCUCGAGUAAACACCAGGCUCCUUCUCAGUCGCAGACCACCCAGCUCCAGCUCCAGCUGCAGUCUCAAGCUCUGGAGGUGGCAGCAGCGCACUACAACCACGGGGCUCAUCAGCACGAGCCCAGCCAGGUCAAGCAGAGCUCUGUGGUGUCCUCCUUGGACAUGCUGGAGCGCUCGCUCUCCCAAAGCUCCGGCACAGAUGUUGCCGUUGCGGAAGACAGACGCGGCGGCACGGGGAGGAGUGGGAGCAGCAGCGAGCGCCACAGACAGCAGCAGCAGGAGCAGCAAAGGCAGCACCCGCCCCACCAUCAGCAGCAGCAAACCCACCACUCGCAGCAACACUCGGCUCCCGAGCUCCACUCCUUCCUCACCGAGCCCGAUAUCGGACUGUCCGCCACGCCUCACAUGCACCACCUUUCGCAGCAUCACGCGCAGCAACAGCAGCAGCAGCAGCACCCGAGCUCACAACACCAACAGGCCCACUCCCACCACCCUCACUCCCAACCCCACCCUCAGCAGCAGCCCCCCCACCCCCACCACAUACCCCCGUCGUCCGCCUCGGCCCAUUCCCAGCCUCAGCCGGACCCCCAGCAGCCCCUGUCCUCGCAGCUGCCCCCUCCGCAGAGCCAGCUGGACCAGCAGCGCUCGGAGCAGCACCAGUUCGACACGGUCAGCCCGGUGGAGAAAGCAGACCAGAAUCAGCAGAGCAAUCGCUUCGUCCCGUUGACUUCUAUCUGCUUCCCGGACUCCCUCCUCCAGGAUGAAGAUCGCUCCUUCUUUCCAGGAAUGGAAGACAUGUUUUGUGCAGAGGACUACAAGUCGAGCUGCGCUGGAGGAGCAGGACCGGGGCAGGAGGAGAUGAAUGAAAGCCACACUGGGCAGGAGGGACUGGACUCCAUGAAGGGGGGGCAGAGCGCAGGAGGAGCCGGGGGAAGUAGUGGAGCUAGCUACGACAUAAUGGGGCACCACGGCGGAGAUCAGGGCUAUGAACCAUACUGCCACGGCCUCGAAGAGCCGAGCAACAACACUAUGACUCUGGAUCUAGACUCUCUGAAAACACAUGAGCUUCCUUCCACUGUCAACACUGAACAACUUGGUUUGAUCCAGUCCCAGGGCCCAGCCAUGGGUAUGGGCGCCAAUACUGCUGGUCCGAACAACCCUGGAGCUAAAAUGUCCGCCGGGCCUGGAGGGGCUAACCCAGGAACGGGUUCUGGAGGCCUCCAGUCUCCAAUCUUCUGCUCAUCUCGUCCUAAGAAACUCCUCAAAUCCAGCUCCUUCCACCUGUUGAAGGAGCGCAGGGACCCCAACACACUGCCUAAGAAAAGUUACGCUCAAGAGUAUGAGUUUGAAGACGACGAGGACAAAGCAGACCAGCCUGCUGACAUCCGGUUGAACAGCCGGAGGCUCCCGGACUUAUUACCAGAUUUAGUGUCCAGCUGCAGAAAGGGAGGAGGCGGAAGUGGAUCUCUCAGCCCGCUGAUGGGAGACAUUGAUUUCUAUCACUCCUCUGGCUACUCGUCUAUGGGCUCCCACUCCCUUCUGCCACCAGACGGGCCCAAGAAGAGAGGCCGAAAGCCCACCAGGCCGAAGAGGGAAGGUCCGCCGAGGCCCAGAGGCAGACCUCGCAUCCGGCCCAUGCCCGAGCCGUACACUCCACGGGGCAUGAUGGGAGAGAUGGGGGCAUCCACGGUGGGAGCGGGGUUCAACGUGGAGGGGCGCGGUAGGGGCAGGGGCCGUGGGAGCCGAGGUAGAGGCGGGCGGAGGGAGGACAUGUACAUGGAAAUGAGCGGGAAGGAGCCGGAUCAGAUGCACCACCACCACCUCCAGCAGCAGCAGCAGCAGCAGCAGCAGCUCCAUCACCAGCCUCAGCAGCAGCAACACGAGCCCAUUCCACCUCUCAAGAUCAAGUUACCCAUUGGUACGCUGUCGUCCUCUGACGCCUUGCUGAGGACAGACUCUUUGUCUGGCACGGACCCUGCUUUGUCAGACGGCUCUGUUGGCUCGGCUCCCUCGCUCGGUUUAAGUCCCGGCCCCCCCUGCAGCACCGAAAGCAACAGAAGUCAAGACAAGAACAAACAGAAGAGUCAGCUGAUGAGUGAAGGCGUCGACGAAGAGGGACUGGAGGAAAGGGGAGACGAGAAAGACUCGGAGUCCAAGGCCGGCUUUGUCGCGUCCUUCUUGGACUUCCUCAAAACGGGUAAAAGGCCUCCAGGCUUGGACAUUUCACCUGGGAUGGACGCCGACAACGGCGAAACUUCACCCUGCAAGCCGGGGGGUUUACGCCCGCUGUCCCCUGCGCCUCCUCCGCCGCCGCCGCCACCCCCCUUCGGGGACAGCGAGGGGAACGGAGGCCUGGCUCUGGGCAACUGUCCCAGCCCCAAACGCUUGGAGGACGAGCUGAAGAGGAACCUGGAGACGCUGCCGUCGUUCUCCUCCGACGAGGAGGACUCGGUGGGGAAGAACCAGGACCUCCAGAAGAGCAUCUCCUCGGCCAUCUCCGCCCUGUACGACACCCCUCAGCUGACCACCAACAUCCAGCCCCCGCUGCCUCCUCCGCCCCCCCAGCCCCAGCCUCAGCCUCCGCCGUCCCCGCUCACCCCCACUCUGCAGCCCCCGACGUUGAGCCCGCAGCCCCCCAUGCACCCCUCCCACGCCCAGCAGCCCCCGUCCAGCGAGCCGGACCUCCUCCAGCCGGAGGACAUGGACGACAACAAGGAGGAGGAGGAAGAGGAGGAGGAGGAAGAGGAGAACGAGGAGGAGAGAAGCACGGGAGGGGAUGAGGAGAGCGACAUGACGGAGGAAAGAGAACCACAGCUGGAAACUCUGGGCGCCCCCAAGCUCGACGCUCCUCUCCCAGAGAUUCCUCCAGAGCCCGCGACUCCCGAACCCCCGUCUGUCCCUCCGUCUCCUGCCUCGUCGUCCUCUCCGUCUCACUCCCCGCUCCCCCCGCUCUCGCUCCCCUCGCCCCCUCCUCCGCCGGAGGAGCAGCAGGAGGACUCCCAGCCCUCCAGCCCGGCCGCCCCCGCCUCCUCGCCCUCCCCGCCGCCUCCCCCGCCGGCCACCGCCGUCGUCCCCCAGCCCGCCACUCCUCCCCCUCCCGCUCCCCCCCCUCCUCCGGCCUCCCCUCCGCCGCCUCCUCCGCCGGCUCAGAAGGAGUCUCCCAUGCCAUCGCCAGAGUCCCCCGCCUCCCCCGAAGAGCCCCCGCCUCCUAAGAUCACCUCGCUGCAUCUCGCCCAGAAGCAGGAGGACGCCGCCAUCGUCGGGGAGAGCGAGGAAGACGAGAGCGAGAGCGGAGGGGAGGGCAUCUUCAGAGAGAGAGACGAGUUUGUUGUGCGGGUGGAGGACAUUCGCACUCUCAAGCUGGCCCUGCAGACGGGCCGCGAGCCCCCGCCCAUCUGGAGGGUGCAGAAGGCCCUGCUGCAGAAGUUCAGUCCCGAGAUCAAAGACGGGCAGAGGCAGUUCUGCGCCACGAGCAAUUAUCUCGGCUACUUCGGGGACGCCAAGAGGCGAUACCAGCGGAUAUAUGUGAAGUUUCUGGAGAACGUCAACAAGAAGGACUAUGUCAGGGUCUGCUCCCGGAGGCCGUGGCGUCGAGCCACACCGGCCCUCAGACGCCAGUCCCUCCCCAGGAUGGCUUCCCCUCCCUCCAGCCAGGUGCCGCCGAGGAUAGUGGAGAAGGAGGAGAGGGUGGCGCCGCCGCCGGUGCAGCGCGAGGAGAAGGAGAAAACCAAAACCGCGACGGCAAAAGAGAAGAAGGAGACUCCGGCCGCUGUGCCCAAAGCGAAGGAGAGGGAGAGGGAGAGGGAGCCGGAGAGGGAGAAACGGGUGCAGCCGCAGCAGGAGAAGGCGGAGAAACGUGGAGGGGCGGCGGAGCGAGGCCGAGCGAAGGAGGAGAAGAAGGCGCUGGAGAGGAAGGAGAAGGAGAAGGCUGAGCGGCCACCCAAGUCUAAACCCGCCAAAGUGAAAGCAGAGCCUCCGCCCAAGAAGAGGAAGAAGUGGCUAAAGGAAGUACCUUCAUCGUCUGACUCGGAUUCAUCAGAUGAGGCAGCUAGUGAAAACGAAAUGCCAGUGAAAGGCGGCGUGAACAACCGUGCCAUGAGGGAGAUGUUCAGGAGCUACGUGGAGAUGCUGGUGAGCACGGCCCUGGACCCCGACAUGAUUCAGGCCCUGGAGGACACAGACGAUGAGCUCUACCUCCCUCCGAUGAGGAAGAUCGACAGCAUCCUCAGCGAACAGAAGAGGAGGCUGCUGAGGAGAGUCAGCAUGAGCUCCCAGCAGCAGGAGGUCCUGCAUGCUUACCCCCAGAUCAUUGUCGACCCCCUGGACUCUGGAGUGGUGAGGGUGCGGCUGAGUGGUGAAGCUUACAACCGCAAGACCCUCAACAGAGUCAAGAAGACCCUGCCUAAACCACAGGACCUUAAACUGUCAGCUGAGACGUAUCGGAUCUACAGCCUCUACCACUCCCUGCAUCACUAUAAAUACCACACCUUCCUACAGUGCAAGAAAGAGACCAACACCAUCGAACAGGCAGCUGAGGACCCGGGCCAGGAGGAGGUGGUGCAGCAGUGCAUGGCCAACCAGAGCUGGCUGGACACUCUCUUUGGAUCCUUCAUCGACCUGCUCACGCUCAGCACCAAAGCCUGAGUCGGCUGGAUAAAGACACUGAAAACUGGGAAAAGAAAAGAAAAGAAAAAAAAAACGGAAGAAAACACACAAAUGGACAAAUAAGAGUCCCACUGUACAGCCCCCCCAGACCUUCUUCAAGUCUUUAAGAUCUGAGGAUGAAUUUUUUUCGCGGCCCUUCACGAGCGCAGGAGGGUCUGUUGACGUGACCUCGGACACUGGCCUCAGUUUUCUUUUCUUCUAUUUUCUUGAUGUUGAUCAAUGACUAAAGAGAAAAGUCUUACUUUGUGAGAAGAGGACCCCCCCUCGCCCACCAUGUCCGCCGCCGCCGCCGAAGGGUCGAGACGCGCUUGGCCGACGGUGGGGGGGCGGGGGGAAAGGGAGCGACGUGAGGCUGGAAGGACGGACCCGGAGGAGCCGCAACGCCAAGUCAAAGGAGGAGCCACUGACAUCUUGUUAACUGUGUGUCAUAAAAGACAAUAGAGAAACUAUUACUGCUUAGUUUUUACAUAAAUUAUUUUUUUGAAAAGACUAACAUCAGCUGUUGGCUUUUGAAAAGAGUGGAAGAGGGUGAGAAUGCUUUUUAAACUGCGUGUAGAGUGUGCCGUGAACCGUGUGAUCAUGGACUCAUCUACAGAUGGAAACAUUAAAUGUGUUAAUAAUCCUCCCUUUCUCUCUCUCUCUCUCUCUCUCUCUCUCUCUCUAUUUCUCUCUCUCUCUCUCUCUCUUUCUGUGCUAUGUGCAGGGCAGCACCAGUCAGCUGUGUGAUAAUAUAUAAACACAUUUUUAUUAUUUAUAUGAGGAGGUUUUUAACUUAAACUCUCACAAGCCGCUGGUUCGCUGCCCGAACAUUUUCAAAAGAAAUAACGUUUUUACUUUCCACAGGUUCAGUAUACAAUCAUAACCCACAUAUCCAAGUCGUCUUCCCCUCUAUACAAAAAGAACAGACCUUGAGACAGAAAUAUUGUAUCAAAUACAGUGGGUGUAAAAUAACUUAAAAAUAAAAAACCGCAAAAAAAAAAAAAAGGAUGAAAAGAGGAAAAAAAGGAGAAUGGCAGAAUCUAUUUGAAACUUAACAUUUGUUGUGC